GAAAGACAAAAAGCCCCAAAGAUCCCAUUACAGCCAGGAAAUUCCGAUUAAAKCUGUGCAGAGAUUCUUCUGUAAGGGAUUUAAAACAAAUAUAAAAAAAAAAAGAUCAGUAAUGAUCAGAAGGAGGAUGAGGCAAUGCUGUAAUCGUGAUGAAAUCCAAACCGCAAACUUUCAGUUUCCCUGGAAGUCGAGCAGCUAGCUGAUCGUUCCGUGCCAAGAGGGUGCGUUGCAUUUAUUCACCGGGAGCGGCUCGGAGCUCCGUGACAGGCGGAGACAGGGAGGAACUGCUCCGCCCUCAGGCAGUGGAGGAGGUACACUUCGCUGCAUGCUGCAGCGAAGUGUAUUUGCAGUGGAGCCCUCCCACGGAUGUGGAGACGUCCUCACCCCCCGGUGAUGUCACACACGGUGUGGAUAAAAACAGGCCAAGUGCAGAAAGAAAGAAACGAGUCCAGCAGCAGUCAGAAGUGUGUGCGGGUACAAUGCAAAGCCCACCCAAACCCCAGUUUGCCCGCUGGCUCAUCGAGCAGGUGGAGACGGGUCAGUACGAGGGUCUGCGCUACGUGGACCAGAACAAAAUCMGAGUUCCCUGGAAGCACAACUCCAGGAAGGACUGCAACGACGAGGACAGUAAAAUAUUCCGGGCCUGGGCAAUGGCAAGCGGAAAAAUAAACGAGUUCCCAAAUGACAAGGCGAGGUGGAAAACCAACUUYCGCUGUGUGCUGAACAACCUCUCCACGCGCUUCAGGCUGAUAAAAGAUAAUUCCAAGAAUCUAGACGAUCCUCAUAAAAUCUAYGAGAUCGUCAACACUGAGUACACCUAUAGAGGGAUGCCGACGCAGAAUUCACAGGAGGAUUCRGACAUGACUCCAGAUAUCUACAGCUCUUCCACAGAGUUUCUCCCCUUUGUGAAUGAGUCCACUCUGCUUAAUGAUUUCAUGGCUUUGGAUCUUGGCGCUCCAACAGAAGAGCAGCUSUGGGUGGAAACUUGUGUCCAGCAUGAUCCUGCUGUGCUUGGCAGCUACCCUGCUGCAGCUGAGAACAUCCCGCAGUUUUUACCAGAUCAGCUGAUCUACAAUGAGGUAAAUCCUGUCCCCGUCCUAAGCCCACCUCAGCAGCCAAGUCUGUAUGAUUUGGAGAUUUCCAUCCACUACAGGAAAAAGGAAAUGCUAAAAACAACACUGCAAACUAACCGUCUUCAACUCCACUACCACAGCAAAGCCCCCGAGUUCAACGCUCAUCAUCUCUGCUUUCCUUCCACCGAGGGUCUGCUGGACCAUAAACAGAUUGAAUACACCAACCGCAUACUGAACAACAUCCAGCGCGGUCUGUUACUGGUAGURCAGGAAAACGGUAUCUAUGCUGGGCGGCAGGAUAAAUGCCAUGUGUUUGCCAGCACCAGUGAUCCCAGUGUGGCUCAUCUUAACCCCAUAAAAUUACCCAAAAACACCAUGGUGGAGCUUCUCAGUUUUGACAAAUUUGCCAACGAACUGAAACAGUUCAAAGAAAACAACGGCAGCUCUCCCGAAUAUACCAUCAACAUGUGUUUUGGAGAGAAGUUUCCUGAUGGGAAACCAUUGGAAAAGAAGCUCAUCGUUGUGAAGGUGGUGCCUCUAAUCUGUCGGCAUUUUUAUGACAUGGCCCAGGCGGAGGGGGCUUCCUCACUUCACAGCACAAACGUCAGCCUACAGAUUUCCCACAACAGCCUCUUUGAUCUCAUCAACUCUGUGUUCUCUCUGCCAGGAGCUGAAGAGCCAACACAGCUGACCACUGUACCUUCCUUUGCACAGAUGGGAAAUUAAAUUUCUCUAAAGUAGCUAAAGGGGGAUACAUAGAACUAAAUAAACUUCUUAAAAAUAUGGGAUUAAAAUCAUUGUUCAUCUCUAAUUAACUUCAUAGAUGAACUAACAUUUUUUUUAACCACUGCAGAAGUAGAAAUAGCCUUCUCAGCUAGUAAACUGUUACAAAACUUUUUUUCACAAGUACUGUAUGUCACUUUUUUAGUUAUACUAUUCAGUUCAGCUGGUAAUAUCUGAAUGUCUACAAAAAGAUAGAUAAUCAAGAAAAAUCUGGUAUGACUUUAACGUAUUUAUUAAACUUGUAAAUAUACAAAUCAAUUCAAAUAUUGUUUAUGUAUUGUCAUUUGUGUCACAUAUUGCGAAGUGCACCAGUUUCUGAUGCAAAGCGCCCCCACAUCAUGAUGCUGCCACUCCCAUACUUCACAGUUGGGAUUGUGUUCUCAGAAUUGCAACUCUUUUAUUCUACAAAUCUGGCAAUGGUCAUUAUGGCCAAACAGUUCAUUUUUAGCUGUACUGGACCUUUAGGAUUUGUCUAAAAAAUAAAGUUUUGUCUCUGUCUGCUUUUCCAAA